GCAGGUUUUACAAGUAGACAUGCAUGUGAUUUGAGUCCACGGCGGUGUUUAUAACCGAACUUUGUCCAAGAACCAUGUACAAGUUGAAGUCCGAGAACUGGUUCCGUAUGUGUUAAAUCGGCAUAAUAUAUUCGCAGUAUCCAUCUCUCCAUGGCAGACUAUUCAGACUCCAUCAGCAAUACGAGUGAAUCCGUGGAAGCCGGUAUGAAUGAUAGUUUAAAAGAUGCAGAGACUAAAAUAAGCGAAAAUGAAGAAGAUGAAAUUUCUGCCAAUUGCGAUGUUUGCCUUCAAGAGGGAAAUAAAAGUAAUUGCAGAGGGGUACUGUGUCGAUUGUGAGGAAUAUCUAUGCGCUGUUUGCUUCUCUUGUCAUUGUCGACCAAAACCAAGUAGGGGUCACGUCUUGCAAUCAAAAGACGAAAUGCCAAAGCCAGGAUCACCGAAAAGGACGCAGCAUAAGUCUGCAAGUCCUUGCCUUAUUCACCCCGAGAAAGAUGUCACACAUUUCUGCAAGACGCAUGACCAGUUAUGUUGUGUCCUUUGUAUAAGUAUUGGGCACAGCAUAUGCCCUGAUAUAAAAGUGAUAGCAGAUGAAGCGAAGGAUUUUGAACAAUCUGAACAACUUAAAGAACUUAAGGCGGAUUUGAGUCGUAUUGAGAGUACUGUUACAUCAAGAAAACAGUUGGCAAAAAACAACGAUAAAAGGCUUUCAAUCAUGAAACAAAUGGCUGUAGAAGCUUUUAACGAAGAGCUUGAAAAGCUUUCAAUACCAGAUAACCAAAAAUUAGAUGGAAUUAUUGAAAAAUGUGACACCAUUGGAACAAAACUUUCUUUGUGGAAAAGUAGAUUGCAAACUCUUCUUGCAGAUAAGAACUCCCAGCAGACAUAUCUGUUCUUGAAUCAUACACGAAAACAACUGAGCUGUGUUGAUAGCGAAAUACAACAGGCGGGUUGUGAUUGCAGUAUUAACCAUUUCCGUUUUGAGAAAGUGACAGAAGAAAUUGUAGAUGGAAAAGUUAUCGGUAAACUUCUAUCUUAUACACCUGGGAAGGCCAGAUUUAUCGCAAAAAUAAAAAUCAGCCAUGCCGACGACAAACAGAAGUCUCUUUUUAGGGACCUUGCUGUUUUGGACAAUGAUUGUAUCGUUUGCGCAGAUGAAAACAAUUCGUGUUUAAAAGUUGUAGACGUAAGGCAAAAGAGUAUUUAAAGUAAGAUAGCACUUCCAAAGAAACCUUUUCAAAUUGCUCUUGUUUCUGAAGAAGAAGAACUGUUUGUAUCAACAUCGUCGGAAACAAUAAUCAACGUUCAAACUCUAACAAAUCUCGCGACACACACGUCUUUAAAAGUGCAACAAAGUUGUCGGGCAAUUCAAUGGUAGGACGACAUACUGAAUGUAAUUUAUGUAGAUGGGUGUGUAGUUGGUUAUGAUCGAAAUGCCAAACUGCUCGAUGUAUUGGAAAAACGGAAAGCGACCAGCCCAGAAAGAUAUUCUACAAUAGACCUGAAAGAUGGUUCAAUGUACGUAGUGACUCAAGCUUGCUGCACUGUGUCAAAGGUACAGAGAAAUGGAGUGAGAACGGUUAUUGUACAAGCAAAGGAGUUGAAUACACCAGCUGCGAUUGUCUAUGAUGAUGAGAACGAUGAAUUAUUAGCAGUCAGCUUUUCAGGUCAGUGCGUAUUUCGCGUGACGUUGGAAGGCAAAUUAGAGGAAAUCAUUUCGUCGCUCGAUUUCAAACCUCUUUCCCUUGCUAUCGACAAACAACGGCGAGUUUUGCAUGUAGGGGGUGAAAGUGAGUUCAUUUACCAGUACCAGCUCUGUUAAAAUAUACUUAAAUACCACCACACCGUAGAAACUGUAUAACGGAGCUUUACAUGAACCAGUUAAAAAGUUUAAAGUGAGAUUCAAAAGAUGGAACUGACACCAGUGAAGCGCCUGUAUUUCUAUAUGUCAGUGCCAAAUGACAGACACAUUCACGGAAAUAUCACAAUCAGUUUCCCGAUAAACGUCAACGGACAAAACGCAUAUAUAAGAAUCUGUAAAACGUUAAUAACACUGUUGUGCGAAAAAAACGAGCUACGUUAUUUUAACUGUUCCAGGGUUUUGGCUCUUAUUUCAAUCCCAUUAUAUGUGUUGGCCAGUGACGAAAUUCUUAGACGAUAUCGCUCAAUUGAUUCUAGAUUUAUAGCACAUAUUGUUCAAGUUGACUUUCAUGCUUCGACCGGGGCCAUAUAUUACUCAUACUGUCCAUACAUCAGUCCGCAGCGAUUUUUUGGAAUUAUUUUCAUCGCCUGUGCCCACCAAGUUGGGAAAAUAUUGACUAUGGGAAGAUACACAAUUAUGCCAAAAUAGCUAAUAUGAUAGCAGAUAUAUACAUUAUGCUGUAAAAGAGAUAGUAUUGUCAAGAUUUUGUUAUCCCCCGCCUAUGAAAUAGGGAGGGGGAUAUUGAAAUGGCGUUGUCCGUCCGUCCUUCCGUCCGUCCGUCCGUGUGUCCGGCUCAAUAACUCGUGUCCGGACUGUAACUUUCCCUUGUAUGGACAGAUUUUAAAAUAACUUGCCACAUGUGUUCCACAUACCAAGACGACGUGUCGCGUGCAAGACCCGUGUCCCUACCUCUAAGGUCAAGGUCACACUUGGUGUUUAUUCACAAUGGAGUGCUGCAUAUAGGACAUAGAGUAUAGGUUGUCGUGUCCGGGCUGUAACUUUCCCUUGUAUGGACAAAUUUUAAAAUGACUUGCCACAUGUGUUCCACAUACCAAGACGACGUGUCGCGUGCAAGACCCGUGUCCCUACCUCUAAGGUCAAGGUCACACUUAGUGUUUAUUCACAAUUGAGUGCUGCAUAUAAGGACAUAGAGUAUAGGUUGUCGUGUCUGGGCUGUAACUUUCCCUUGUAUGGACAUAUUUUAAAAUAACUUGCCACAUGUGUUCCACAUACCAAGACGACUUGUCGCGUGCAAGACCCGUGUCCCUAUCUCUUAGGUCAAGGUCACACUUAGUGUUUAUUCAUAAUGGAGUGCUGCAUAUAGGACAUAGAGUAUUGUUGUCGUGUCCGGGCUGUAACUUUCCCAUGUAUGGACAGAUUUUAAAAUGACUUGCCACAUGUGUUCCACAUAACAAGACGACGGGUCGCGUGCAAGACCCGUGUUCCUACCUCUAAGGUCAAGGUCACAGUUAGGUGUUUAUUCACAAUGGAGUGCUGCAUAUAAAGACAUAGAGUAUAGGUUGUCGUGUCUGGGCUGUAACUUUCCCUUGUAUGGACAUAUUUUAAAAUAACUUGCCACAUGUGUUCCACAUACCAAGACGAGUUGUCGCGUGCAAGACCCGUGUUCCUACCUCUAAGGUCAAGGUCACAGUUAGGUGUUUAUUCACAAUGGAGUGCUGCAUAUAAGGACAUAGAGUAUAGGUUGUCGUGUCUGGGCUGUAACUUUCCCUUGUAUGGACAUGUGUUCCACAUACCAAGACGACUUGUCGCGUGCAAGACUCGUGUCCCUAUCUCUUAGGUCAAGGUCACACUUAGUGUUUAUUCAUAAUUGAGUGCUGCAUAUAGGACAUAGAGUAUUGUUGUCGUGUCCGGGCUGUAACUUUCCCAUGUAUGGACAGAUUUUAAAAUGACUUGCCACAUGUGUUCCACAUACCAAGACGACGGGUCGCGUGCAAGACCCGUGUUCCUACCUCUAAGGUCAAGGUCACACUUAGGUGUUUAUUCACAAUGGAGUGCUGCAUAUAAAGACAUAGAGUAUAGGUUGUCGUGUCUGGGCUGUAACUUUCCCUUGUAUGGACAUAAUUUAAAAUAACUUGCCACAUGUGCUCCACAUACCAAGACGACGUGUCGCGUGCAAGACCCGUGUCCCUACCUAUAAUGUCAUGGUCACACUUAGUGUUUAUUCACAAUAGAGUGCUGCAUAUAAGGACAUAGAGUAUAGGUUGUCGUGUCUGGGCUGGAACUUUCCCUGGUAUGGACAGAUUUUAAAAUAACUUGCCACACGUGUUCCACAUACCAAGACGACGGGUCGCGUGCAAGACCCGUGUUCCUGCCUCUAAGGUCAAGGUCACAGUUAGGUGUUUAUUCACAAUGGAGUGCUGCAUAUAAAGACAUAGAGUAUAGGUUGUCGUGUCUGGGCUGUAACGUUCUCUUGUAUGGACAGAUUUUAAAAUAACUUGCCACAUGUGUUCCACAUACAAAGACGACUUGUCGCGUGCAAAACCCGUGUCCCUACCUCUAAGGUCAAGGUCACACUUAGGUGUUUAUUCACAACGGAAUGGUGCAUAUAUAAAGACAUAGAGUAUAGGUUGUCGUGUCCGGGCUGUAACGUUCCCUUUUAUGGACAGAUUUUUAAAUGACUUGCCACACGUGUCCGACAUACCAAGACGACGUUUCGCAUGCAAGACUCGUGUCCCUACCUCUUAGGUCACGGUCACACUUAGGUGUUUAUUCACAAUGGAAUGCUGCAUAUAAAGACAUUACAGUGUAGGUUGUCAAGUAUGGGUGGUAUUUUUAUGUUUAGAGGCAAUUUAAAAUACCUUGCCAUAUGUAUUUGACAUGUAAAGGCAAGAUCAACUUUUCAUGUACUGACCUUGUUCAUAGGUCAAUGUCACAUUCGGGGGCAUUCGUCACAUACUGUGACAGCUCUUGUUUAAAGAUAAGAUUUCACAUGCGAGCAUAGCCAUGUUUUUAUAUUAUGUUUACAGAAUAAUUAAGGCAACAUUAACGCAAUCACUGAUAAAAUAAAUACAAGUUUAAAUGUGCCUUUUCUAUUGCACUACCCCAUUACUAAUUCAAGCAUUAUUGUAGUUAUUUUGCAUGAAGAGUAUACCAUUUACUUUGUUUGAUACCAAAUAACGUUGAAGAAAAUAUAAAUUUUGUGCGUAAGUUAUUCAGCUCAUACAUGUAUAUAUGGCGCAUAACUUGUUAUUAUUAUGUAUGUUAUGCAUAUCAACUUCUAUAGAUACAGUUGUUAAUACUGAGAUACAAAUGCUUUAGUUUAUAGUUUACUUGUUCGAUAUUUGUAUAUGUAUGUAAGCCAUUUUAUUCUAUGAAUUUGAUCAUGAGUCAUGUUGGCCUGUUUCAAAUUUGUAUUGCGUGUUAUAUUUCCUUGAAUAAACAUUCUUCUUCUUACACGUUAUGAUAUGA